UGCAAAUAAAUCACACUUGUCAGCAAAAUCACCCCCAAUCUCUGAAUCUCUCUUCUCUUUCUCUCUCUUACUAUCUAUCUAUUUCCAUAGCGUUAUAUGAUCGAAAACUUCAUCGUCGUUCCUCACUUCCGCCAUGGCUAGUGUUCGAUUCAAAUUCAGAAGCUCUGCAACCUUUGAUUCUGUUGAUAUUGGCGAACAAUCAUCAAUUUCAAUCCGCGAUCUCAAAUCCAAAAUCGUCUUGAAGAAGCACCUCAAUCUGUGUCAAGAUUUCGACCUCGUUUUUUCUGAUUCUAUCUCCGGCCAAGAGUAUAAGGAUGAAAACUUUCGAAUUCUGAGCGGUUCGAGUGUGAUUAUUAAGCGAGUGCCUGCGAAUUCUCUCAGGGAUUCUGACAUUUCACCAGGAUGCCUUGGGGUUAGGGACGUCAAAUGUGAUGUUGGAGUUGACUUGUGUCCACCUUCUCAUGCAAACUUAUCUGGCACUGGAGAAUUGAUAUUAAACAACAACGGGAAGAAGGAUUAUGUGAUUCCAAGAUGUUCUCAGGAGUUACUAGUAAAAUGUCAAAAGCUUGAGGCAGCUGAACCUGGCCAAUCCGCUCCGAAAGAUUCUAGUGCAAAUGAGGGAAGUACGCUAGUUAUGCCAAAGCCCAAAAUUGAGGAGAAAACAGAGUUGAAGAGAACUUAUCCUCCGAAACACUUAUACAUGGAGAACUGUGACAUGCCAUCCGAGCUGAAGUGUUCACUUUGCAGAACCUAUUUUAAAGAGGCUGUCAUGAUACCGUGUUGUCAACACAGCUUCUGCGGAAAAUGUAUUCGUGCAUCGUUGUCUGAGAAUACAAAAUGUCCUAUGUGUUCCUCCACCAAAUGCAAAGCAGAGGAUUUGCUGCCAAAUGUUUCACUUAGGCAAGCAAUUGAGAGUUUUCUUGAAUCCCAACUCUUACUGAAUGGCCCAGAAAAUGAGCUCCAUAGAUAUGCUCCAGAUGGUGAAUCUGGAAUUCAAGUAAGAGACAUUUCUUAUGCUACAACUACUCCACAAAAGCGUUUGCAAUUGAACCAAUCUGUAACUCGGAAAAGUUCAAACCAGAUAAUGCCAAGCAAGUUACAUGAUUAUGCUCAUCCUGCUGCUAAGCGUACUCCUGAUACAGUAGAAGAUUUCAGCGAAUUCGAAGGGGAAAAUGAGCCGCAAAAUAUGGCUGAAGCUAAUGAAGAAGUAGUUUCUUGGUCCAAGAAAAGGGUGGGAUUGCAUGUUACUGGAGGCGGAGAAAGGAAUUUUACAGCUGUUGGACGACCAAACAAGGGUCCUCGGACAUGCUUUAUGUGUGGGUCUCCAGAUCAUUUGGUUAGAGACUGCCCUGGUGCUGUUAACUGUAGCACAAGCAACUGGAAUGGUGUUGCCUCACUUCCUGGGGCAGUUUCAGGUUAUCCACCAACAUAUUGGCCUGGGAGUCAACCUUAUUCCAGGCCGUUUAUAAAUAUGUACGGAGGCCCUGGGAUGAUGUUUUAUAAUACCAACACAGCUCCCAUUUCACCGAUGGGAUUUCCUUCCUGUGCUCCAUCUAUGUAUGGUGGCUAUCCUGUUAGUGGAUAUAUGAACGUGGGAGGCAUAACACCACCCGUUGGAAAUUUUGCUCAGCAACCACAACCUGUAGAUUAUCUGGAGCUUCAGGGCUGUGCAAAACAGCAGAGUAAUUAUGAUGUUGAUAUGGAAAGAGGACGGAUGUUUGAUAGAGACCACAAUGCGAAUACCUACCCCGAUUCUGUGGAAAGAGGUCCAUUUAACUCUGGAGACAACUUUCCCAAGAGGUCAGAAGAGAAGCAUAGAAAUCGUGGCAAUUCAGAUGGUGAUAAUACAUACCCUAAUUGUAAUAGACAGGGGAAAACUGCUCGCCAUGUGGAGUGUGGAAGAGAUCUUAGGAUUUCUCAGUCAGAUAGAUCUUCUUCAGAAAAAGAUGUGCUUAAUAGCCAGAUUCGGACUAGGGAAGACAGGCAUGAGAAACUGCAUAAAACCUCUAGAAGAAAUGAUGAGAUAGGAGAGAAGCAUGGCCGUAAUUCUUCUCAGAAACAUUAUCAACCGAAAGAAGAAAGCAGUAAAAGGAAAAGGAUGGAGUAUGACGAAAGAAAAUCUGACCGACAUUCUCACAGCCGCUCCAGGUCUAGCUUGGAACCCAGUUAUUCUGGUGAUGUUUCAAGGCAACGGCGAGAAGAGUCCUGUCAUAGAUCCCGGAACUCGAAUAAAGUUGCAAAAUCCAAUGGUAAGGAGAUGCAUAAAGACCACCAUGGGAAGAUUAAAUAUUCAGAUGAUUAUGGAGAGGAUUGUCACAGUCAUAAACGAAAAAGAUUUCGUUAGGGCUGGCAACACAUGUCUUUUGAGAUCUAGUAGAGUGCUCGGCUUUGGAUUACUCAUCAUGAUUAACCUUUAUAUAUUCUUCUAACCCGCUUCAUUUUCUUAGCUUGAAGUUGGAUGCAAACAAAUGAGUUUUUAUCAAGAGGAGCACUGCUUGCACAGUUUAGAUAAUGGAUGAUCUUUAGUGAAGUGUCAUCUUUUACCAUGCGAUUCUCCAAGCUGGUUGAGGUAUGCUGCUAAGACAGUAUUGUAUUCAGGGUUUCUCCUCCAAGGACACUCUUGUCCGUCCGAGUACUUUGCAUUCAGGUAUGUAUUUGACAAUUGGUUCGGUUCAGCUCCCUCAUUUGCGAACUACCCAGCUCAAAGUCUUGUGGUAGGGGAAAAAGUGUGCAAAUAAUUCUGGAAACAAAAAGGAUGCUAUCAAGACUUUGCUUGCAGUGGUUGAUGGUCUGCUUGCAACUGUCUCUAUAAAAGGAAGAGUUGCUGUAAAGGAUAUACUUUUUUUUGGGAGAUUUGGAGGAAGAAAAGAAGCAGGAGAAAGGUAUUCAUUAGUGGAUGAAAGGAGGGUGUGAGGAGGAGGUUUUUCUAGCACAGGCUAUAAGUUAUAACCUGUGUCAAAUUCCCUCUUUAGGGUUCUUCAGGGAACUAAUUUAUAAUUUUCUUCAAGGUCUCAAGAGGGCUACUUAGCUCAUUAGCCUUUGAAACAUACAAGGUAGGAAGUACUUCUGUUAGGAUUGAUUCAAGAUUAUUUUGUAUUGGGUAUA